AUGGCAGAUGCAGAUAAAGUCGCUGCGUAUCCCUCUAACCAGGACGAAAAGACCAUGAUGAGCUCUGGACAAGACGUUGCGAGCUACAACAACAACGGUCUCAGCGACGUCGAGAAACAUGGCGCGACCCCCCAGUCUCUGCCUGUGCCGGCCCUCAAGCGCAAGCUCAAGAGCAGGCACUUGCAGAUGAUUGCAAUUGGUGGUACAAUUGGAACUGGUCUUUUCAUCGGUAGCGGCGGCGCAGUCGCAAAGGCAGGGCCGGCUGGCGCGCUCAUUGCCUACAUCUUCGUCGGUUCUAUUGUCUACUCGGUCAUGACCUCGCUCGGAGAAAUGUCUACGUAUAUCCCGAUUCCCGGGGCCUUUACUGCGUAUGCCUCGCGCUUCGUCGACCCUAGUCUGGGGUUCGCCAUGGGCUGGAUCUACUGGUUUUCCUGGGCCAUUACAUACGCGCUGGAGCUCACGGCGACUGGUCUGAUUAUCCAGUACUGGGACCACACCAUCUCGAUCGGUAUAUUCAUCGCCAUUUUCUGGGUCGUUAUCACGGCUCUCAAUCUGCUGCCUGUCGGCUUUUACGGAGAACUCGAGUUUUGGCUGUCGACGAUCAAGAUCAUUACUAUUGUCGGCUUCAUGAUCUUCGCCAUCUGCAUUGAUGCUGGCGCUGGCCAACAUGGCUAUCUUGGAUUUCACACCUGGGGCAACCCCGGUGCAUUUGCUCCGUACUUGCUCGAAUCCACCGGGGCCAAGGCCAAGUUUGUCGGCUUCUGGGCUGUGCUCGUCCAGGCUGGUUUCUCCUACCAGGGCACUGAGCUGGUGGGUGUCGCUGCCGGUGAGACGGAGAAUCCUCGCAAGACAGUGCCAUCUGCCAUCCGCAACACUUUUUACCGCAUCCUGCUGUUUUUCGUUUUGACCGUCUUCUUCAUCGGUCUGCUGGUGCCCUACACCAACUCCCGGCUGCUCUCCGACAGCACAAACGCCUCGGCUUCGCCCUUUGUCAUUGCUGCCGAUCUCGCCGGAGUCAAGGUGCUGCCCGCCAUCAUCAACGCCGUCUUGCUGACCGUUGUUCUUUCUGCCGCCAACUCCAAUGUGUACAGUGGAAGUCGUAUCCUGCUCGGUCUGGCUCAGGAAAGCCUUGCGCCGCGCUUUUUGAAGAUAACCUCCAGACACGGCGUGCCGUACUACGGUGUUGCCGUGACCUCGGCCGUCGGUCUGCUGGCUUUUAUGAACCUGUCGGACAACGGUGCCACCGUCUUCAACUGGUUCAUGAACAUCUCCAGUGUGGCCGGAUUUAUUAGCUGGUCGUCGCUGAACGGCUGCCAUAUCGCCUUUAUGCGCGCUCUCAAGGCCCGCAACGUCUCUCGCGAUGUGCUCCCCUACAAAGCCAUGUGGCAGCCGUACUUUGCCUGGUACGGACUGUUCUUCAACGUCCUGAUUAUCUUCACGCAAGGCUUCACCGCAUUCAUCCCGACUUUCAGCGUCUCAGACUUUUUCGUCGCCUACAUCAGUCUGAUCCUCUUCGCUGUGCUGUAUAUCGGCCACAAGAUCAUCUACCGCACCCCGUUUGUGCGCCCUAUCGACGCUGAUCUUGACACAGGACGCCUUGAGAUGGACGAUAUGAGCUGGGAGACCACGGACAGGCCUUGGUGGAAACAAGUGUUUGGCUGA